CGCGGACCAUCUAUCUAGUAUAUAUUACACACACGUUGUGCCGUGAUAUGAAUCACCAAAAAAACAAAGGAGGAAUAGGAAUGGAGGGACCGCAGCAUUGGAGGCCCAGAUUGUCGUUCAGGAGCGCCACCAUAAUGAUGUGCUUGCUGAACCUCUUCACUGUUCUUCUUUUGCUUCAGGGCUUUCUCUCCUCUGCUUCUUCCCGCUCCAAAUCCGCAUCCACUGCAGCCACGCUCAGGUAUGUUAGAGAAUCUGAAGAGAUCCGUCUUGCUAUGCAACCCCUGGAACUAAUAAAAAGAGUGAGGGAAAUCCAACGAGAAGCAUCUGGAGAACCAGAAACAGUCCAAGAGAAAGAGAUAAGGCAGACAGUUGCAGUUGACCUUUCCAAAAGAUUGAAGGAUUUGCGUUCUACUAAUGAUGCUAACAGCCUGAAAGCCUUGGAAGAAUGGCGUAAACGGAAGAUGGAACGCGCAAGACUACGGGGCCUGGAGAAAAAUGGAACAAUACUCACCUCUCAAGCUUGAGCCAUCUUUCUUUCUUGUUAACUGUUGAUAGUAUACUUCAAUUUGAACACCAAAGUUGUCUGGAUAUCAAGAUGUAUCGUAUAUCUGAUUCUGAUUUAUAAGCACAAAGAACAUGUAUACUUGUAUACACUGAAUUGGAGCAAAAGAUUGGA